CUCAGUUAUAACAUGGGGACAACAGCUAGACAAACUUGUUAAUAAGGCGAUGAAUGAAUGCUUGGACAUAGAAGUUCCCUGUUCCAAUAUCAAUCACACAAAUCAAUUUGGUUCUGGAAAUCAAUUUCAGUCCGGAAAUCGAUUUGAAUCUAACGGAUUCCAAACUGUAACUGCUGAUAAGCUGGAGAAAGACUCAAAUCAAUUUCAAUUUAAAUCGGGUCAGAUCAAACCCGGCUUUAACCAGUUAGGUUCAACUGGAUCAGAUUUUAAAACCGGUUUUGAGCUUGACUCUCAGUACACCCACGCAGGGUUACCAAUGGAGCAAGAUUUAAAGACUGGAAACGGAUUCACGAACAGUUUCAAAAAGUGACAAAUAAAAUACUUAAAAACAUCAACGUGUUUUGAUCAAAGUGACUGAACAUUCGCCUUUAACUCUAAUUUUCUAAUCAUUUUAUCAGUGGUACUUGUAUCAUCAUAUAUUCAAAACUAAGAAUUUUGGCGGAUUAGAUAGAAUAAGAGUAAUUCAAGUGUUCAGUUCUUUAAAAAGUUUUAUAUAUUGUUGAUGAAUAAAAAACCAUUUUUAACAUGUGAACAGAAUGAUAAAAGAAAAGUUUUUCAUACAACUGUAAAAGUACAAUAUAUUGAGAAAAUUCCAGAAUUUUAUUUCUAAUACGAAACAUUACACUUACGAGAUUUAAAAUAAUUUUUCGUGGGACAAUGUAAACUAAUAUACUAAAAUCUUAUAUCAGGUUUAAACAGUUCAUUCAUUUUUAUAAAUAAUUUAAACUUGAAAAUCAGUUUCAUGAUUGCAAGUUUUUCUAUGAAUUAUUUCGUCCAACUUCUGUAAAAAUAUUUUACCAAAUCACAUGAAAUUGUUCAUUGCUGAAAAAAUGUCACCUAUCGACUAUAUACUAAAAUAGAUUUAAAAAUGAAUUUUAACAAAUUUCAAUUUCUUUUAUUUCCUCUGAAAUAGUGUUAUUUUGUUAAUA